AUGACAUCUCUGGGUGCCAUGCUAAAGGAAUUUGCUGAAAGGCACCCCAUCAUUGAGCCGACGUAUGCUGAAAUGCAGAAGCAGAUUUCAGCCUUCCUCCCGCCAAUCUCUCCGUCUGUGUCAGUUCCUUUGUUUUCAAACCCCGGACUUCUUUCCUCAAGAGACGACCUUCAGGACACCUUUUAUCGCAUCAGCCGCACAGCCACACUGCGAAAGGUCUACGAACCCCUUCAACUCUGUACGAUAAAUGACCUCAUAACGAUCGUGGAUACGCACACGCCAGCUGAUCAGUUGAUUGACUACAGGAUUUUCCGUAGGAUUCUAGCUGAUAUCUAUCAGCGGAGCCCGAUUUACAAGAAUAUUCUGACAGUUAAGACGUUUCUUGCUUUACCGCGUACGAAGGACGUGGCGGCUUAUCCUAUAAAGACUCUCAAGUUCCACUCUGACGUUGUCAAGCUUUCUAUUGUGCGCAUUGUUUCUUCAGCCCAAACUCGAAUUACGCUUACAACGUGCGAUGUUGACGGAAAAGGCUUUCUUUUAGAAUCCGAUGUUGAAAACUAUAUACUCGAUAUCUCGCAUCUUUAUCCACACUUGCAGGACUGUGACGAAGUGUUUCGCCCGUUCUAUCUCUGCACCAUCAUCAAGCCCUUGUUUUUCUUUCUCGAUCCUUAUCACCGAAAGCGCAUAGCUAUAUCAGAUUUGUUAAUCAGCCCGUAUCUUGACCAAAUCUUUGCUAACCCAUCUGAUCAGCCGCAAGAAGCCCUGGGCACCCUGCAAGGGCCACUCGCACAACGCUACUUAACUUGGUUCCAUCCUGACGCUGUAAUGGAUCUCUACACCUCCUACAUCAGCGCUGAUACCGACCAGGAUGGGCUCUUGAGUGAUAAAGAGUUAGCAGCGUUGGCCAAAUAUAAGUUCACUAGCAGAUUUAUCAAGGCGUUGCUCUUGACAAUUCAAACAUUCAACGGCAAAAUGGAUUACCGUGGCUUCAUAGAUCUAAUGCUCUGCGUCUCCUUCCCGCGCAGCAAAGCUGCGGCAGUCUAUAUCUUCAAAAUACUAGACUUUAAUUGUAAGGGACAUCUAACUAGAGACGAUGUGCUAUAUUUCCUACAGGAAAUGGUAGAUGGGCUUCAGGGGUACUGCGGCGAGGGCGUGAAGUUUAACGUCGAUGACCUUUGUGAUGAAGUGUUUGACAGCAUCUCUCCCAAAAGCAACAGCAUGGUUACUCUUUCGGACAUAAUUAGCUCUCGUAGCGGCGACAUUUUGAUUACCUUUUUAAUUGAUCCACUCUUGUUCAUUGAAAAGGAGUUGCAGCUUCAACAAGGCCACGUGAUGAUGAGGCCCUUGCCUUUUGAGGUCUAG